CUCUUCAUUCAUUGAUUAUUGAUCGAAUCAAUUAAUUAAGCUGCGAUCUAGUAAAAGACUCACUUUAAAAAAAUAGAAAUAGAAAACUCCAGCACAAAGAACGGCUCGUAUAGUGAAAUAAAGAGCUUUAUGGAUCUUUGUGUCUGGAACAUUCGUCUUUGGCAAGCGAUUGUGAGAGACGAGGAAACAAAACGAAAAGAACAAUAAAAAGUGGAAGGAUUUUGGAGAGGAAGAGCGCGUCCGUGCGCAUUUGUCUGGGAUAUUAUCAUACCCACCCGCUUUAUCCUCCUCCUCAUUAUCAUCUCUCUUGUGCUGAGUAAAAUGAAAGUUUGGACUUUUCUCCAGUGUCUCGCCAUCCUGCUCGUCCUGUGUGUAGGAUCAGACUGCGGGACGGUCCUGAGAAAGACCCGGUCCAAACGCGAGUUGGUAAAGAUCAGAGAAGCCAAAGCGGUCUUCCCGGGGGCUUGUGCCACCCGGCUGCCCCGGGGCAAGCGCUCCCUGCCGGCGCUGGACCGCCGGCUCCCCCGCCAGCGCCGCCGCUCCUCUCCGGUGGAGGAUGCGAGCUCCUCUCGGGGAAAAGCCGUUUAUUUUACCGGCAGAGGGGACCAGCUGAGACUCAAGCCCGGUGUGGAGAUACCAAAGGGCAAUUUCACCCUCCAGAUGUGGGUCAAAGCAGAGGGUGGGCAGCGUUCCCCUACCGUCAUAGCUGGUCUCUUCGACAAAUGCUUCUACGCCUCCAGUGAUCGUGGAUGGCUGUUGGGAAUUAAAGCUGUGAGUGAACAGGGAAACCGUGACCCACGUUUCUUCUUCUCCCUUAAAACGGAUCGAGCACACAAAGUUACCUCCAUUCACUCGAAUGCCCGCUACUUGCCCAACCAAUGGGCCCAUGUAGCUGUGACUUACAAUGGCCUCUAUAUGAAGUUAUAUGUCAAUGGUGCUCAGACAGCUGUUAGCAGGGAACAGUCAGGUGAUGUCUUCAGUCCACUUACUAAAAAGUGUAAGGUGCUGAUGGUGGGUGGAAAUGCCUUGAAUCAUAACUACAGAGGCUCUGUGGAGCGUGUUGGUUUGUGGCAACAGGCUCUCUCUCAGAGGAAGAUCAUAAGGGACAUGCAUGGACACGAGGACCCUGAGGACCUGGUUGACCUGGUGAUCCGGGAGACAUUUGAACACCCAGCACGCAAAUGGCUGGCUGUGAAGGACGGUAGCUUCCCAAUACCAGAUGAAAGUCCUCGUGCAGGGUUGGGAUCUUUAGACACCACCCUGGCGCCUCCAGCUUGUGGUCAGACGGUGUGUGAUAACACAGAACUGGUGCGCAACUACAAUCAAUUCUGGAGCUUCCGUCACCCCAAAACUGUACGAUACCGUGUUGUAAACGUUUUUGACGACUCUCAGCGCAAACCCACAGUCACAGAUCAGCAGAUUCACCUGCAACAUCAACAUUUGAAUGAAGCCUUUAGCAUGUACAACAUCACCUGGGAGUUGACUGUGCACAAUGUAAGCAAUUCCUCUUUGUUUAACCGUCUGGUACUCGCCAACUGUGACAUUAGUAAGGUGGGUGAUGAGGAUUGUGACCCUGAAUGCAAUCACACCCUGACUGGAUUUGAUGCUGGUUACUGCAAGCCCAGGACACGAUGUCCUGAACAUAAACAAGGGAAUGGCGUCUGUAAUCCAGAGUGCAACUGUGAGAACUAUGGAUAUGAUAAUGGAGAUUGCUGUAACCCUAGCAUCACUGAUGUGACCAAAACUUGCUUCAAUCCAGCUUCUCAUUUAAGGGCCUAUUUGGAUGUGAAGGAACUAAAAGAGAUCCUCAAGCUGGAUGGCUCCACGCACCUCAAUAUCUUCUUCGCCAAUUCCUCAGAUGAAAACCUGGCUGGAGUUGCUACCUGGCCGUGGGAUAAGGAGGCACUGACACAUCUAGGUGGCAUAGUUCUGAAUCCGUCUUUCUACGGUACAUUUGGCCACACUCAUACCAUGAUCCAUGAGAUCGGUCACAGUCUGGGAUUGUACCAUGUGUUCAGAGGUAUCUCAGAGAUCGAGUCUUGCAACGAUGCGUGUUUAGAGACCGAGCCGUCACUGGAAACUGGAGAUCUGUGUGCCGACACUAAUCCCACACCCAAAUACAAGCACUGCAGGGACCCUGAGCCUGGCAACGAAACAUGUAGCAACCGCAAUUUUAUUCACACUCCCUUUAAUAAUUACAUGAGUUACACAGAUGACGACUGCACUGAUUCCUUCACGCUAAACCAGGUGGCUCGCAUGCAUUGUUACCUGGACCUCAUCUACCAGUCCUGGCAACCCGACUACCGACCCCCUCCAGUCCCCAUGGCUCCCCAAGUGGUAGAACAGGAACAAGACUCCAUUACUGUGGAGUGGUUUCCACCCAUCUCUGGCCACUUCUAUGACAGAGAAGUGGGAUCAGUAUGUGAUAAAUGCGCAGAGGGUCGAGUCCUCCUGCAAUACGCCUCCAAUUCUUCAUCUCCGUUCCCCUGCUCCCCGUCUGGCCACUGGAGCCCCAGAGAAGCGGAGGGACCUCCAGAUGUAGAGCAGGCAUGCGAGCCCAGUGUCCGCACGUGGAGUCCGCAUAACGGCAUGGAUCUAGGAAUGGUGCCUCCUCCCUGCCCUCUGCAAGGCUGCAUGUUACAGCUGGAGUUCGCAUAUCCAGUGGUCCCUGACUCCCUCACAGUGUGGGUGACCUUCUCCUCCCAGGAGGAAACCAUUCUGCCUGCCAUCCACAAUAUCAUCUUAUUGACUGUCAGUGGCAACAACCUGUCUCUGGGUCCCAGCAAUUUGUUCUGCGACACACCGCUGACCAUCAAGCUGGAUGUGCAUGAGAAGGUGUACGGCGUGCAGUUUUUCACCAUGGAGCAACAUUUGGAAAUUGAUGCUACUCUACUCACGUCCAAAGUCGAUUGUCCGUUCUGUCGAGAAUGUGAGCCGCUGCACUAUAGGCUCCUGCGGCAGCCGGCAUUUGUUCACGCACCCCAGGGUGUCAUGCUGAGAGACUCAAUGCGAAGAUAUGUGGACAGGGAGGUUGAGUAUGGUGGGAUAUACACAUACCAGGUCCAAACCAUCUCCAGUCGGAGCAGGAGUGAAUCAUCACCUCCACUGACACACCGUCUUGGAGCACCAUACUGUGGAGAUGGUCUCAUCCAGAGGUCCCAGGGAGAGGAAUGUGAUGAUAUGAACACUAUGAAUGGAGACGGCUGCUCCGGCCACUGCAAGGAGGAGGCAUUUUUUAACUGUAUUGAUGAGCCCAGCAUGUGCUACUAUUAUGAUGGCGAUGGCAUCUGUGAAGACUUUGAGAGGGAGACGAGCGUGAAGGAUUGUGGCCUGUACACGCCGAAUGGUUUUCUGGACCAGUGGGCCACCUCAGUGGAAGUGUCCCAUGAAGAGAGGCUGUACUGCCCAGCCGACGUGGCUGCUGGAUAUCCUGCUAUUACUAAGACGUGCCAGUCAAAGGUGUUUGACCUUUCUGAUGGAGUGUCUCAGUAUGCCUGGUUUCCAUGUCGAGAGGCCCAUGGUGUUUCUUGGUAUCCUCAGUACUGGUUAAAGGCGUAUUUUUCACAUCCGAUGGUUGCUGCAGCCGUUAUUAUCCAUUUAGCUGCAGACGGAACCAGCUUCAUCGACCAAGCCCAGUGCAACAUUACCGUCCAACUGAUCGACACCAAAGAGAGCGUCCACAGCCUAGGCGACUGGCGUUUGAGUUGCCGCACCAAUCCUUUGGUCAUCCCAGUGAAUCAUGACUUGAGUAUGGCCUUCUACCACACCAAAGCAAUUCUCCUCAUGUUCCGCUCCGAACUUGUGGCUAUCUCCGGCAUUGGCCUGCGUUCCUUCCAGUUCUUUGACCCAAUUACCAUCAGUGGCUGCCAGAGUGAUGAAAUAUACAACCCCAUGGGCCAGAGCUGCGUUCAUUACUCCUGUGAUGCUAUUGAUUGCCAAGAGCCGCUGAUCCGGAAUGCAGAGGUGCAGUGCAGCGACGGCGGCUACUUUAACGGAGCACGCUGCACUGUCAUGUGUAACAGCGGCUAUGUCCUACAAAUCCACAGGGAUGAUGACAUCAUCAAGAGCCAGAUGGACUCAACCGUGACCAUCACCUGUGCUGAUAGGAAAUGGAACAAGCAAGUAUCGUGUGAGCCGGUUGACUGUGGGCUUCCAGAUAAGUAUCAUGUGCACCCUGCCCACUUUGAUUUCCCAGAAGGCACCACCUACGGCAAGAAGAGCACGUUCCAGUGCAAGGAGCCUGCUCAGCUCGUGGGCACUAAUAACACUCUGACCUGUAUGGAGGACGGUCUGUGGUCAUUCCCAGAGGCUUUGUGUGAGCUCCGCUGUCCGGUGCCUCCUCCUGUGCCCAGUGCCGUGCUGCAGACCAAACGCUGCAAUGAGACGGGUCUUAAAGUGGGCACCCUCUGCAAGUACAAAUGCAAACCGGGAUACCAUGUGGCCAACAAGCCAAAGAGGAGAGCCUUUAAGCGUCAGUGCACAGAAGACGGCCGUUGGUUAGAGGGCUCAUGUGAGCCGGUCACCUGUCCACCUCCUCCAUCUGUCUUCUAUGGAAUGUACCAGUGCACAGACGGAUUCAAGUUUGACAGCACCUGCUGGAUCCAGUGCAACAGGGCCAACAACACACUGAGACAACCACCAUGCAAACAGGGGCUCGACACCAAUGUCAUCCGCUGCAGAAAGGAUGGGAACUGGACCGGAAGUUUCCACUUAUGCCCUCAGGUGAAGGGUCAAUGCUCUCUACCUCAGAACCUGCAUCCCAGCAUCCGCGUCAGCUGCAAGAAGGGCCAUGGCAUAGGGAAGGAGUGUGAGUUGUCAUGCAGAGACAAUAACAAUGAUGUGGUCAUUCUGCCGAGCAACAUGACGGCCAGCAGCAUUAUGAGACAUCACUGGAUGAACCCUCCCAAAGUCAAGCACAUAGUUUGCACCAUGGGCCUGAAGUGGUACCCCCAUCCGGAAGUCCUGCACUGCAUAAAAGGAUGUGAGCCUUUCAUGGGUGACAAUUACUGUGAUGCAAUCAACAACAGAGCCUACUGCAGCUAUGAUGGAGGUGACUGCUGCCAUUCCACUGUAAAGACUAAGAAGGUGAUUCCGUUUCCCAUGUCUUGUGACAUCCGAAGAGAGUGCGCUUGCCGGGACCCAAACGCCUUGGAGAACCGAAAGGGCGAGCACUUGCACUCACUUGGUUAAAACGCUCCACCAAGCCGGUGUGCGGACUGGGAUAGGAUCAGAUAUUCUUUCCAGAAAUGCUGCUGCUUCACAGUUGUACCUCUCUUCUUAUAGCUGAUCAUCAUUUCCAUGUCUAAGUCUACCUGUUAUCUCUUACAGUACAUUUGAAAAAGGAUCUCAAAUGCCAAGUCCCCACAAAGGACCAAAGCUGGUUUGUUUAUGCCAUCUGUAGAUCACUCACGAACCCUCCAAAAAAUGAAGAAAAAUUAAAGCUAGGCAUCUCGAAUGAAACUUACUGAUUUGACCAAAGCCAGAAAAAGAAGAAACAACUUGCCACUGAUGUACUCUCUAAGCCAUUUAGGGGGCUUGAUUUGUUUUAGUUUUUAUCAAAUGUGACCUCAGUCAUCCCAGGAAGACGUUGCAUGGCGUUUCAACCCUCAACUGUGUCUCGUGUCCCUACGGAAACAGACUGCGUCCCAAAAAAAGGAUGGUACGAUUGGCUGGAUAGCAAUCACAGGCUGAUUUUAAAGACUAAUCAGCAAUUAUUUGAAUGUUUCUGAAAUGAAACAAAUUUAUCAAAUAUAAAUGCGCAAUGGGGAAUGGCUGCAGAUCCUGUCACCCACUAUUUACGUUCUGUUACAAAAUAAUUGUGAAUUAAGUUUCAUUUAAAAUGCACUCCGACAGAUCCGAGCAUAUAUACGGUAAGAAUGAACUAGUUAUUAUAUAAAUUUAGCAUGGCUGCUUUUGUUGCUGCUACGAUUGCUGCUAAUUAGUCAAACAACAGACAACAGGUAUAUGCAGGCCAUGAUCCAGUGUGUCUUCAGUCUGCCUUAACACUUACCUCUGAUCAAUUUACCCAUCAAGACAAAAGACCUCCUAUUACAGCUCAGCCAGUGCUGAAUCGUAACUCGUCUAGUCCAAAUACAAAAUAGACACAAAUUCCUGAAUGUAGAGAUCAUAAACCUUUUAUUUUACGUAAAUGCUUAGUUCACCCUAAAACUCUAUCACUUACUCACACUUCUGUGUGUGUGUGUGUGUGUGUGUGUGUGUGUGUAUGUGUAUGAACAUGCUUUAAAAAAUCAUAAAAUAAGAACUUCUUAUCCAUAAAAGUAUUCCAUACAAGUCUUCUGAAGCAAUGCAGGUCUUGUGUGAGGAAGAGAUUUAAUUUAAAUUGAUUAUUCACAGAAAAGUGUAGUGUGACGUCCAAAGGUGUCAUACUUCAAUCUGACAGCAAACAUGGAAUAUACAGUAUAUGUGUGCUCUGAUGGAAAGGAAGCUUUUCAGCAAGUAAAACCAGCUUAACCUUUGGUGUGUUGCUCACACAAAACCAUUGAAUCUCAUUGAAUCUGUUGCCAGUCAAAAACGUUUUUAAGGGUAACUUACUGCACAUGUGCCAAUGUUUUAACCACUUGUAUGUGUUUUUGCCAAAAAACCUUAAAAUAAUUUAAUUUAGCUUCAGUGUAAUUGGAAUGACUUUAUAUACACAAUCAGAGUAAGUGAGAGAAGGAAAAAAAUCACUUUAAUCAUUAUUUAUUACUAAGAAAUAGUUCACCCAAAAAUGAAAAUGUGCUGACCAUUUCUCCCCUCAGGUCAUCCAGUAUGUAAUUGAGUUAGUUUCUUCAUCAGAUUUGGAGAAAUUUAGCAUUGCAUCACUUGCUCAGCGAUUAAUCCUCUGCAAUGAAUGGAUGCCAUCUUUGUG